AUAACCCAAGUUAUCGAUAACACAUUUUAAGUCUUUAGUUUUUGUCAUUCCUCAGCUCAUUGCAUGAUUGUUCUUACAAAAACAACCAAUACUUAGUCUUUCCCGGCUGUCAUUGUUGAUUCACGUAUAAUUUUUCAAGAAUUUCACAUGGGCAGCUAGAUUUAUGGGCUGUGUUCUCGGCACCGGAGAGGGCGCUCGCCGGAGAAGCUCUAAUAAUAAAAAUUCUGUUCCUGUUCAAGAAAAGACUAAUAAGAAGAAAAGUGGAGAAAACGGUGAAAAAUCUGGUUCUGCAUUGCAGGCGCCUGAGAAGCUUAGAUCGUUGUCCGAAUUCAGGGUGAAAACAUGCCGAGGGUGGCCGUUGUGGCUGAGUGAAGUCGCUGGUGAUGCUCUAAGAGAUUGGACUCCUCGCCGUGCUAAUAGUUUUCAGAAACUCGACAAGAUAGGACAAGGGACAUAUAGCAAUGUAUAUAAAGCAAAAGACUUGAUCACUGGGAAAAUAGUUGCAUUGAAGAAGGUGAGGUUUGAUAAUUUGGAUCCAGAGAGCAUUAAGUUUAUGGCCAGAGAGAUUCUUGUUCUGAAGAAGCUGGAUCAUCCCAAUGUAAUUAAGCUGGAAGGUUUGGUCACUUCAAGAAUGUCCAGUAGUCUUUAUCUUGUUUUCGAGUACUUGGAUCAUGAUCUAGCUGGACUUGCUGCAAUCCAAGAUAUCAAAUUUUCCGAACCACAGGUGAAGUGCUUCAUGAAGCAAUUGCUGUCUGGGCUUGAGCAUUGUCACAGCAAUGGUGUGCUGCAUCGUGAUAUAAAGUGCUCCAAUUUACUUAUAGACAGCCAAGGAAAUUUAAAAAUUGCUGAUUUUGGUUUAGCUACUUUCUAUGAUCCUGCCAAAAAACGGCCUAUGACUAGUCGUGUUGUCACACUUUGGUACCGCCCUCCAGAGCUUCUUCUCGGUGCCACUCACUAUGGUAUAGGUGUAGACCUCUGGAGUGCUGGCUGCAUUCUCGGGGAGCUGCUUGCUGGGAAACCAAUAAUGCCGGGACGGACGGAGGUGGAGCAAUUACACAAAAUCUUCAAGUUAUGUGGUUCGCCAUCUGAGGACUAUUGGAAGAAAUCACGGUUGCCAAAGGCAACGCUUUUUAAGCCACAAAACCCGUACAAGCGUUGUACAACAGAAACCUUCAAGGAUUUUCCACCCUCUUCUCUCCCUUUAAUAGAAACUCUCUUGGCCAUUGACCCUGGCGAGCGUGCCUCUGCUAGUGCAGCUUUGAACAGUCAAUUUUUCUCUACUGAACCUUAUGCUUGUGAACCGUCAUCCCUACCAAAACAUCCUCCAAGCAAAGAAUUGGAUAUGAAGCGAAGAGAGGAAGAGGCUAAAAGGCAAAGAGGUUCAAGUGACAAAGCUGAGGCUGUUGAUGAGAAUACUAAGGCUGUACCUGCCCCCGAAGCCAACGCAGAACUUGAAACAAGCUUAGAUAGGUGGAGAGUGGUGACACAAGCUAUCGGUAAAAGUAAAAGUGAAAAAUUCCCACCUCCACGCCAGGAUGCAGAAGCAGGAAAUCCUGUUGAUAAAUCACAUAAUUUUCCAGUCUCAUUUGGUGCUGCUGGUUCUUCAUUUAGAUCCACGAUAUACGAUCCAAAGUCAUCACGUUCUGUCAAAGAUACGGGAACUAUGAGAGUGAAAAACAAGAAAGACCACUACCCCAGAAGAGCCCCAUCUAGAAGGUUUCUUCGUACAUUUAUUCCAUCAUCGGUUAACAUAUCAAGGGAUCUUAGAUACAAAAAUUGACAAUGUGUUUAGAAGGUUCUCCAUUAGUUAUUAUCUUGGUGAAUUUUUGUUAUAAAUUUUCAGUGAUUCCUUGUACAAAUUUGCCAUAGUUGUUGUAUGACUCGCAAAAGAAGUUGAAGGUAAUCUGUAAGUAUGACUCGCAAAAGAAGUUGAAGGUAAUCUGUAAUUGUAUGAUCUACUAUUUGCUAUA